CUCAAAAGAAAAAAAGUGAAACACAAAACCCUAAUUCCAGAGAAAACACAAUGAAGUUCAACCCUAGAGUUUCAAGCAGCCGUCGCAAGAGCCGCAAGGCUCAUUUCACCGCCCCAUCAAGCGUCCGUCGUGUGUUGAUGAGCGCACCUCUUUCCGGUGACCUCCGUUCAAAGUACAACGUGCGUUCUCUUCCCGUUCGCAAAGAUGAUGAAGUGCAGGUUGUGAGAGGAACCUUCAAGGGACGUGAAGGGAAGGUUGUGCAAGUUUAUCGCAGGAAAUGGGUGAUUCAUAUUGAGAGGAUUACACGUGAGAAGGUGAAUGGUCAAACUGUGAAUGUUGGUGUUGAUCCUUCAAAGGUUGUGAUUACUAAGAUUCGUUUGGACAAGGAUAGGAAAAGCUUGCUUGAUCGUAAGGCGAAGGGUCGUGCUGCUGCUGAUAAGGAAAAGGGUACCAAGUUUGCUCCUGAAGACAUUAUGCAAAACGUUGAUUAAUUUAAUCCUAUUAUUACUUUUGGUUGUAUUGUUACUAGAACUUGAUUUUGAUUUUGUUGGUGGUUUGAAUGUUUUUUGGUUUAGAUCUGAAUUAUUUGCAGAAUUUUGGGAAGUUUAUGUUUUGUUUAAUUUAUGAAAUGCCUGACAUUAUCACUGUUAAAGUUUGUUGAUGUUCUAUUUUACUUGGCUGUUUUUAGUUUUA